CAAUUUCAAGAUGAAACGUGAAGCRUUUUUGCAAGUUGUGUCUAAAGAGUCAAUUGAAGAAUUCCUGCGUUACACUCAGAAUCCUAAAAAUCCAUUUGAUCCUUUUGACUUGAAUGAGCUACUUCAGGAAUUGCCAAGAAAACAAAAAGAAGUGCUAUGGCAGAGGCUGACACAGCUACUGACAGCGACCUUGCUGGAGAAUCCUGUGGAAACAUGGCACAGGACUGGAGAUGAUAGAAGUGGUGAUGACAUGGAAGUUGAUACAGUUCCAGAAAUGAAACAAACUGUAGCAGUGAUCCAUGGAGUGGCAGCUGUUGUUACUGCUUCCAUACCUGCAGUGGAUGAAAAUGUAAACUACAAAGCUCUUGUAGAAUGCGUUUUUAUGCUAAAUCGUAUUCUUCCUGCAUUACCUGCAUCUGAAAAGAUCCUMCAGGAUGCUAUCCAGCGUGUCUGUCAGAUGUGGUGGGAGAAGGGACUGGAAGGGAAGGAGCAGCUGGGGAAGACUCUGUUUGUCAUUCUGCUGAGAAAAAGCCUGAAUAAAGCUGCUACGGGUGCAGAUACAGUUCGAGUAUGGAAUCUACAUCAGACAUUGCUUUGUUUUGAUUAUGAUUCAGAGGAAACUAAUGAAGUCAAAGACUUGUUGCUUCAGUGUUUUAUGAGUGUAAAACACAUUAAGAAAGAAGAGGGAAGAAGAUUCCUGAGUUUUUUGUUCAGCUGGAAUGUAAACUUCAUUAAAAUGAUACAUGGAACUGUUAAAAACCAAUUACAGUUCUUUCCAAGAUCCUCGAUGGAACACAUUUCAGAAGUUUACUUCAGGGCGUGGAAGAAGGUUUCAGGAGAAUUUAUAGAGGUGCUUGAAAGUGACUGCAUUCAGGAUUUCAUGUAUCAUGGCAUUCAUCUUCCCAGAAGUUCUUCUGUUCAUUCAAAAGUUAGAGAGAUACUGUGUUAUUUUCAUAAACAAAGUAAAGUUCGUCAAGGAGUUGAAGAAAUGCUCUAUAGAUUGUAUCGGCCUAUCCUCUGGAGAGCACUGAAGGCCAGAAAUUCAGAAGUUCGAGCAAAUGCAGCAUAUCUGUUUGUUGAUGCUUUUCCUGUUCGUCAUCCCAGUUUAAAUGCUGAAGAGAUGGACAAYGAAAUUCAGAAACAGUUUGAAGAACUUUUUAGUCUCUUAGAUGAUCCUCAUCCAGUUGUCCGCUCUACAGGAAUACUUGGAGUUACUCAGAUAGCAUCCAAAUACUGGGAGAUGAUUCCUCCAACAAUUCUUGCUGAUCUUUUAAAAAAGAUAACUGGAGAGCUGGCAUGUGAUAUAACAUCUGCUGAUGUUCGAUGCUCUGUUUUUAAAUGCCUACCAAUAAUUUUGGACAACAAACUAAGUCACCCACUACUGGAACAGCUCCUGCCUGCAACCAAAGACAGUCUCCAUGACAAUUCAGAGAAAGUGCGAGUGGCUUUUGUGGAUAUGCUGCUGAAAGUGAAGGCUACCAAGGCUGCUAAGUUCUGGUGUAUCUGUCCCGUGAAUCAUCUUCUGUAUCGCCUUGAAGCUGAUUCUCGGCCGGUGUCCCGGCGCAUYGUGAAUCUCCUGCUGAACUCCUUCUUCCCCAUUAACCAGCCUGAGGAUGUGUGGUGUGAGCGUUGUGUCACUCUGAUCCAGAUGAACCCAGCAGCAGCCAGAAAGUUCUAUCAAUAUGCUUGUGAAUUUACUGCCCCCACCAAUAUAGCUAAAUUGAUGCUCACUAUUCGGCGCUGCUUGAAUGCCUGCAUCCAGAAAGAGAAACUUCAUGACAGUUUGGAUAAGGAUGAUGAUGAUGGUGACAAUGGAAAUGAAAAAGAGAACACAAGUGUAUUGGAUAAUGUGUUGUCAGURAAUGAUGUGGCCAGUAUGGCCAGUUUGUUGGAGAUAACUGUGAUACUAUGGAGAAGUAUCUACAAAGCACUAGAUCACAAUGAAGAUGCCAAAGAUUAUGCUAUCAAGAAGUUUGCUUCUGUACUUCCUCAAUAUUUUAAAGUAUUUCAGGACGAGCGUUGCACAACUCCAUUGGUUAUUCUGGCAUCCUUUCUUCCUCCUGCUGCUAUUCCUACAUUCAGCUGUGGUGUGAUUUCCAGGCUCAGAAAUAUUAACAGUGGAGCUGACCAAAGCAAAUAUUCGACCCUGAUCGACUGCCUGUGUCGCUGGGGUCAAGUGGGACACAUUAUGGAAUUAGCCUCUGAUUGGCUGUCUGACACACUCACCCCAAGAAAGAGCACUAAAACACCUAGACGUCGAGUGCGUAUCCACGUAACACAUGAAUCAAAGCCAGGCUUAGCAAUUGAUUACCUUGAGUAUUUGUUGACUCAUCCUGUCAAUCGUGGUUGCCUCCUUUCUGUUCCUAAAAAGAAACUGAAGAAGCUUUUGAAAAUCCUCCAUGCUGCAGAGAGGGUUCUUGGCUCAAUUCUGAAAGGAACGGAUACACAUUCUGGUAGAUGGACUCAAGCAACCAGCCUAAGAGCAUUCAGCCUCUUUUGCAGGUUGAGUAUUCAUCUUCAGCACAAGUUUUCUGAAGAAGGAGAAGAUUACCUCUCACUUUUGAAGGAGACAGGUGCUUGGAUAGAAAGUCAAGUUUUACCUUUUGUACUAGCAAGUGAUCAAGAGGAUGGUAUUUCAAAACACAGUGAUCUUUCUGAAUCAAUUAUCCAGACCUACCUGACAGUAUGUAAAGAUGUCAUAAUGGUGGGCCUGGGAAAUCUCACGUUUCAAGCACGCCUUUUAGAUAUGGCUCUYCUGAUUCUGCAAACAGAGAGAGGUGGCUUUUGUGCUCCAGUGUUACUGUGUGCUCUAAAAGAAAUUACUGAAGCUUCUUUAACUCAGAAUACUGAGACAGAUGAAGUGACAAAUCUUUUCCACACUCUACAGAACGUCUUUCAGAAAAUUUUAGAAUGUGUGGCACAUAGACUUAAGAAACAACAGGAAGAAGGGAUUCAGUUGAUUAACUCCAUUCAGAUGCCUCUUGGAGAAUUCAUCCAUGCACUGCAGUCCUGGCAUUCCUCAAUCCCAGCAGUUCACCGGGAUAUACUCUCCACUCUCUUGGCUGCAAUAGUUGCAGAGAUAAAUUGUGUGCUACAGAAGGCUUCCAGUGAAAAAGACUUGACUAUACCAAAGACUGUUUCAGACCUUCCCCCUGUUUCAAGCUGUUUAAUGACUGUAAUUAUGAAGUCAGUUAAUGUUAUCAGGUCAAUUUUAAAUGAAUUAAUGGAGUGCAUUCUCUCUGAAGAAAUUGAAGGGAUUUUUAGUCUAACAGCUACUCUCUGCAUUGUGAUUAUAAUUAAAGGUAAGCACAAAACUUCACUCCUAAAGGAUAUUGCACCUGCCAUUCAAAGGAAACUGAUAACAUGCGAGUAUGCUGUGACAGGAGAAUCCAGCAGCACUGAAAGAUUCCUGUGUGAAUCAUCUCUGAAAAUUUUGGAUGAGUUUUUGAAUUCUUGACCACGCAGAAGUUUUGUUGUGAAAAUUGAAGGCAGAUGUAUYGCUUUUUACAGAACUUACUUUGUAAAUUUGUGAAUUGUUUAAGGUUUUCUGUUAUUCUGUACAUUUAAAGCAAGCAAAAUGUAUAAAAGUGURUAUAGAAAUUAUGUAAUAGUAAAGAUUUUUCAACAGCUACAAAGGGGUUAUUCUGUAUAACUUGGGAGGAGUGUAAAAUCAGUGGUUUUGUAUCUUUGUUUUUGUAAAACAAAUAAUAAUUGUAUCAUAGUCUCAGAAACAUCUGAGUUCACACAUAACCUCAGUCCCUGGGAAGACUAAAACAUAUUCCUAGGGGUCAUGGAAUUAUUUUAAGACAUGUGAGGGACAAAUUGGUGAUUGGGAAUAGGCAUAGUGGUUUUACCCAGGGUAAACUCUGCCUACCCUGCCUGAUUUCCCUCCGCUUUGUAGAAGAGAGAGCAGAGAAUGUCCUGUUCCCUGUCAUUGGCAAAGACUUUUACACAGUCUUAUACAGUAUCCUUUCAGCCAAAUUGGAGAGAGAGAUGGGCUGGAUGGGUAGACUUGGAAGGUGAGUGGGAAAGUGUCUGUACCAUGAGACUGGAAGAAUUAUCUGCUAUGGGGUGAGAUUGGCAGCUGUGGCUGUGCCCUGCUGCCAGCGCUGGUUGGUGACAGGGURAGUGGCUGCCUUGGACUGAUGGCAGAUUACACCAGCUGGGAGCCAUGGCUGACACUCAGGGGCAUCUCCUGAUGCUCAGCAAAGACCUGCUCCUGAAGGACAAAUCCUGCACUAUCCAUGGAGCAACCUGCACAAGGGCAGCUUCUUGCUGCCUCCUCCUGCCUGCAGGACGGUAAAGGAAAGACUUCCCUUGGAGGGGCACAUGGAGGAGAAUAUGAGGCAACAGAAACAACUUGCAGCAAGACAAUUUCUUGUUGGACAUGAAAAACAAUCGUUAUGAGAGUGAAUUGAACCUGGAAAUGGAACUGGAAUAGGCUGCUCAGAGAGGCUGUGGAAUACCCAUCCUUGGAGAUGUGCAAGACUUGGCUGACAAGGAGGGCUCUGACCAUCCAUCAUGUCAUAGCUUUGGAGUUACCCCUGCUGUGCUAGGAAUCGGACCAGAUUCUCCUCUGAGCUUCCUCAUAACUUGGAUAUUCAGGUGAUUCAGUAUCCAGUACAGUGGGGGGAAAUGGUUUAACUAUUAACCAUAGACUUGAUUAAUAUCUAAAUUGUUUUAUAUUUAGGUAUUUUUAAAAAUUAUUGCUAUUUUUGUAAGUUAAUACAAAUAAUGCAGGUAAUGCAGGCAUCUAAGCCACUUAUUUCAUUUUCUUCAUGCAACCAGAUGCUCUUCCAAGACUAAAAGAAUGCUGAUUCCACAAUAUUAUUUUGCCUUAAUGGAGAUUCCUGUAACUUACCUGUCUGAGCUCAUGGUAUUGUUCAGGCCCAGCCAGCAACCGGGCACCACCCAGCUGCUCCCUUACUGCCUCCACUCCUUCUGCCGCAAGGGCAGGACUGGAAGGGUAAAAGUCAAAAAGAAACUGUUUAAUAAUUAAGGAAAAAUAAUAAAACUUAUUCAAAUUGUAAGGAAAAUAGGAAAAAGGAGAGGGAAAUAAAGCCACCCAGCCAGUCCCGGAGUGGUGUCCCCCACAAUCUGCCCCCCAGUUCAUUGCUGAGCAUGCUGUCAUAUGGUGUGAGGAAUCCCUUUGGUCACUUGGGGUCUCCUGUCCCAGCACUGUCUCCUCUGUACUUGYGGUGCACUCCCAGCCUCCUUAGGGAUGAGGUGAAAAGCAGAGAGGCCAUGAUGCUGUGUAAGCCCUGUUCAGUGAUACCUAAAAUAUCCCUGUGUUAUCAGCACUGUCUCCAGAACAAAUCCAAAAUGCAGCCCCAUGCCAGCUCCUGUGGAGGAGUUUAUCUCAGCCAGAAGUACAGCUCCUAAUGCUUUCCUUUUGUCUGGUUUAGGAGAUUUAAUAGGAAUCUGUAGAAAAUGAUUCAGCCAUAGACCAAAGUCACAUCCUCCAGUUUAGACCUGGAGGCCUGGACAUAUAGCACUUAGUUAUCUGCAAUUAGGUGAAAAGGUUCUUGGGGUGGGCCUGUGCAAAUGGCUGUUGCAUCUCCAGUGUUGCUGAGUGGCACUGACACAGAAGUUUACCAAUCUGGCCAAAUUAAGACAGACUCUUCAUUCUUGAUUAAGAUUUGUGCGAAGCUGUACCUCCCAUCUGUAAAUCAGUAUCAUCUGCUGUGCUGGUUUUCCUACUGUGAUAAGAGACUAAGAUUUUUUUARGUAUAUGCUCUGUGCGAUGAACUGCCUUCAUCCUGCUUUAUAUCAGAUCACUACCUGACUUUGGUACACAAAACUUCCCUACUGGAUAAAGCUGCUUUAGCUGGAAUGUUCAUAUUUAAAAGCAAUGCAGUUGUUAAUAAACAACUGGCAAGCUUUGCAAAAGGGUAGUCUGUAUGUGCAUGGGUUCAUGAGUUCCAGAUUUAGCUCAUCCACAACAGUGGCAUGACCAAAGGGAACUAAUGCUGCCCAGCAGGUAGCUGCAGAUCUGCCAACUGUUUAUCUAUCAACAUCGUCAUAAAARCUGUGUUCUUUGGCCUUCAUUCUUCUACAUCUGUUAACAGGCAGGUGUUCCRGUAAUGACCUUUUAAAUCUUCUGAUUAUACAAAUUACUCAAUGAGUAKGUAAAUAAGUUUCUUUUUUCUGCUGCUCAGUCUCUCAGUAUUUGCUCAUAUCAUUAGAUUAGAAAAGAAUUCAAAUUUACUGCCUUGUUUCUCCUCAGUGUAUAAUUUUGCUUUUUUCAGUUUUCAUGGAAUUCACGUACAGAUGCAAUACUCUUGCGCCUGAAAGAAAUAAAGGUCGUUCCAUUAACAUGAGAAAUAUGCGGAUUACUUUGGAAGAAGUCAGAGGUGAUAUUGGUAGGAAGGGUAAAAAAUUUGAAGAUAAACUUUUGUCUUCCUGGUGGCUGGUACUCAAGUGGUUCUCAAGAGUGUUGAAAUAAUUUYCUGUUUAUCCUGCAGCUGGUGAACAUAUUUCAUCUCAAUUUCUAGUCCAGCUCUACUAAACUGCUCUGCCAUGAAAAAACAUUGGCUUUCUGCAACACAAAUAAUGGUGUUAUUGGGAUUCCUUGAGCCAAGGUCUGUCAGGGUUUUCUCCUUAGGCCUUUGUGGCAAAUUUCAUGAGAAUACCAGAGGAGUUCUAUGUUUUACUUGCUGGUCUCAUUGCAAGCUUUAGUCCUGUAAAAUUUUAAAUAUAUAGUUUCCUUCUGUUUGGAUGAUACAAAUAAAUAGGACGUUUCUUAAGCUAUUAUCUUCUGUAAACUUGCAAAACAGAUUUGUUUCAUCUUAUUAAUCAAAAGUUCUGUUGGGGAAGAAGUGGUACUUUUUGGGUAUAUUUGAAAACUUUCCAUAAUCUUAAGAUAGGCCUUUUGAUAUCUGUUCAACUUUUUCAAGAAGUUGACCUGAUUUUGUGUAAUAAAAUUGCUUGAAAAAUGAGUAAGAAAACACUAGAAAAAUACUCCUUUGGGCAGUUGGCACUGGCAGGUGCUGGUGAUGAAGAGCUCCCUGCAGAAUAARUAUUCUGGUCACAGUUGUAGCUGUGAGUGGCAUGUCUGGAACUCUUCCCUUUGUGCAUAYACAUUCAGGAUCAAUAAUACUGAAGAAAGCAUUAACUAUAUAGUAUUUUCAGUAAUUAUCGUUGUUUGUAAAGAUUCAGGUCCUUUUUGUGAUGACAAUGUUCAUUUGCUUUGUUGUUUGGAUGGGAAACAAAGCCCAGCAUCUGCCACCUAUCACAGCUUCAACUUGUGAGCUGAGGAAAAGCCAGGAAAAAUGCUCAAGCUUCUUAGCAAAUAAAUGUCUUCAGGUAUGGAUCCAAGCACACAAAACUCCAGAUUUGCCAAGGAAAUUUAAAAAAUCCACCUUGUGCCUGCUGUUUACUCUCCAUGAGAGCUGCAACUCACUUUACAUUUAAACUCCCGUGUGCUGCUCCUUUCUAGUGCUUUGGGGUCUUCUGACUUACAGAAGGAAAUGGGAGAGAGUAAUUUUGACAAAAUCUUUCACCUCCCUUGAGAGAUGCAUGGUGAAGGACACACAGCGAAGGAUAAUGACUGAAAUGUGAAACCAUGACACACAGCAGUGAACUUUCCAUAUUUGCUGAUCUGCUCCAGUGUCUUGCAAACCAAGAGCGGUGCAUUGUGUCCAGCUGUGCCUGUGCCUGGAGCCCCUGCCGUGGCAGCUGCCCAUWUCUGAGAGAAGAGCUGGCUUAGUGCUGGCACCUUGACAAGCAGCUGGCCAAGCAGCUUUCAGGAACAGCUGCAGAACAUUCCAUGGGUAGCCAGCAGUUCUCCAGGUUCAUUAAGCCCUUGCAAAUAGGCACAGGUCUUGCCUAAUCUGCUUCAGGUAAGAAUUCUUGAUCCUGGCCUCUGUGGCUGCCUGUCUGAGCAUGACCUGAGGCUAAGCCCCAGGCUUCAAACAGUUGUAUAAUUUCAGCUUUCAUUUACUCAGUAAUCACUGGGUUUUUUUACUCAGGUUAUUCAGCAUAGAUGUGUUCUUGGUCUUUUCUAAUCAGAGUCCCUCAUCUCUCUCCAGUUCCUCAUCAUGGUUCUAGCAAAAUUGCAGAAAUUAUAUGCUGUAGCACUGAGAAAACUUUAGCAGUGGAAAUCCAUUCUCUACCUGUCAGUAUCUUUUAAAACAGUGUGGCUGUAGGAGUUCUGUUACUUUUAUUUUCUUUACUGCUCAUGACUCUAGGAAGUAUAAACUGUUACCAGGCCUUUYCUCUCGUGUCAGUCUUUUUAACCAGAGAACCACCUUGUUCUUAAUAACGUGACUUGGUUCUCAAACACGACAAUUAAUUCAUGGCAUUUACGUUACUUGACGCCACUUUACUAGAUUCUUCCUAUGUAAAAUUCUAUUUUGUUUUAUACCCUAUCAACUUGUCCCAGUUUCAAAUAUGUGUUCAAACUUCAUUAGUUUAUACUUACUUGUUGUGCUGUCAUUAAAAUAUUAAGUCAGAUGCUGUUCCAAAACAGCAGUUAGUAAUUACUUUUCAGCCUAAUCUCGUUCCCUCUUCCAUUCAGUUGGUUCCUUACGCAUCUUACUACACCUACAAUAAAUCUUGUCUUGGCUUAAUACAUUUUUAUUAUGCUGCAGUAGCAGAUGUUCUGUUGUAAAGCCUUACAUUUUAAACAGGUACUUUUUAGCAGUUCUUCCUGGAAAGGCACAUGAAUCCUGUGUGGCCACAUGCCCACAUCAAACACAUGGAGGAUAGAGCCAGCCCAGCCUCCUUUUGAGUUCUUUACAGUGUGCAGUGGUGUGUGCUUCCUGCCUUUUGGGGUAAUUAUUAACCACUUAGAUAAACUGUGUGUGUUAGCACAACUUUCAUCUGAAUAAAGAAUAUUGAUUUGGCUUUUUUUUCUUUUAUUCCUACUGUAACCAUCCUCACUUACCCACUGCUUAAGAUGGUACCUGAGCACCAGCUUCAUAGUGAGAAAUUCAGGCGUCAUGCACGGAUCUUUCUGAAAUCUUGCCAUGGUCAUUAAAAAUAGGUGUUUGCAACUUUAUUUUCUCACAACAACAUCUAAAGGGAAAAAAACAGCAUUGGUAAGAGCCUACAAAUUCAAUUAGACCAGUCUAGGACAGUACUUAGAAACAAAAUAAAACCAAAACAGAACCCAAAGUAACUCUACCUCCUGCUCUAGUUCUAUUUAAGGACAGUGUUAAUGUCCUGUGUUGAAGGAAAAGCUCCUGUAUAGGCUGAUUUUACUCAUCACACUGCCAAAAACUACGUCCUUUCUUACACCAUCCUCAAUGGUUGGACACUACAUACCCAGACAUAGGAGAAAGAAAAGGCUUUUACUCAGCAUUUUCUCAGUUCUGCACAAAGAGAAGUUCCAAGGCUUGUCCUGCAUUUAAAAGUGGUCCUUUAUUAAAUAGGAUCAUCCUUCCUGACAAAAAUAGUUGCCUUUUUCUCAUUUUCUGUUCCCAGGUUCCCUCUCAUGGGUUGCUCUCUUGGUCUGCAGGACACUUGUUUUCAUGAGGCUGUCCCCACAUGUUGUGUAAAACACUUGUUUGCCAGUUCUUGAGCUGGUCACUGGACAGAGCAGAUGAGUUUGCCUUGUGUACAAGAGCUCCUGGGGAAUGUGCAAUGACCACAAUAAUCUCUAAUCAAACUCAAGGGCAGUAGCAAAAAUGUCUGAGAUGGACACUGCAUGGAAUGCUCUAUGUCCCAAGAAUCUGAUUUUUAAAUGUAAGAAGUUAAAGGUGGAUUUACUAUCGUCCAGGUCAGAUUUUUUUCCUUUUGUAGGUGUCUYCUAUUGUCAGAAUUUUAGAAGUUAAGAUUAUGCUAGGGCUCAAAAAGAAUGUAAAACCAGUCCAUCUGCAAUGAAAUUGAGAACUGUUUGAUUGAAGAAAGAGAUCAAGGGAUCUCAUUACAGCCUCCUGGUUCUCUGAUUUGAUCUACACUGGAAUUGACAGCAAACUUUGGCUCCUAAGCCAUCCAUCAGAGGUCAGCCAGGCUCUGAGGGAUUCUUAUCUUCCCGGCUGAGAUCACAGAGCCUUAAACUGCCUGAGUAGCACAUAAAGAUCAGGGAACCUAGCCUGCAGUUUUUAAUUUAUCAGUGGAUCAUGAUGCAUUGAUUGAAUGCUUAAAAGCAAGCCUGUUUCAGUGUGAUCUAAUAUUAGAAAGCACUCUGCUAUCUGAUGAGAGGCUCUCCAGGGCAAUUAGCACAUCUGAACAGGUGUGAUGCUUUUGACUGGAAAUAAAUUGACUUCG